GGUGGGGGCAAUCAUGGUGCCGCUGGGGAGGGGAGAAGCUGCUGCUGCCGCUGUUGCCGGGAGCCUCGGAGAAAGCUCAUUACCUUUCCAUUUCUCACGAUUGGGCUGAGUACGACUGAACCAUGGGGGAACACAGUCCAGACGACAACAUCAUCUUCUUUGAGGCAGAGGAAGAUGAGCUGACCCCCGAUGACAAGAUGCUCAGGUUUGUGGAUACAAACGGACUGGUGCCUUCCUCAUCUGGAACUGUUUAUGAUAGGACCACUGUUCUUAUUGAGCAGGACCCUGGCACUUUGGAAGAUGAAGAUGACGAUGGACAGUGUGGAGAACACUUGCCUUUUUUAGUAGGGGGUGAAGAGGGCUUCCACCUAAUUGAUCAGGAAGCAAUGUCCCAGGGUUAUGUGCAACACAUUAUCUCACCAGAUCAAAUUCAUUUGACUAUAAACCCUGGUUCCACACCCAUGCCAAGAAAUAUUGAAGGUGCAACCCUUACUCUACAAUCGGAAUGUCCGGAAACAAAACGUAAAGAAGUAAAGCGGUACCAGUGCACCUUUGAAGGCUGUCCCCGAACCUACAGCACAGCAGGCAACCUGCGCACCCACCAGAAGACUCACCGAGGGGAGUAUACCUUCGUCUGUAAUCAGGAGGGCUGUGGCAAGGCCUUCCUCACCUCUUACAGCCUCAGGAUCCAUGUGCGAGUGCACACGAAGGAGAAGCCAUUUGAGUGUGAUGUGCAGGGCUGUGAGAAGGCAUUCAACACACUGUACAGGCUGAAAGCACAUCAGAGGCUUCACACAGGGAAAACGUUUAACUGUGAAUCUGAAGGCUGCAGCAAAUACUUCACCACACUCAGUGAUCUGAGGAAGCACAUUCGAACCCAUACAGGAGAAAAGCCAUUUCGAUGUGAUCACGAUGGCUGUGGAAAAGCAUUUGCAGCGAGCCACCACCUUAAAACUCACGUUCGUACACAUACUGGUGAACGACCCUUCUUCUGUCCCAGUAAUGGCUGUGAGAAAACAUUCAGCACUCAAUACAGUCUCAAAAGUCACAUGAAAGGUCACGAUAACAAAGGACACUCAUACAAUGCACUUCCACAACACAAUGGAUCAGAGGAUACAAAUCACUCACUUUACCUGAGUGACUUGUGCCUUCUGUCCACAGAUUCUGAACUGCAAGAAAAUUCCAAUACAACACAGGGCCAGGACCUCAGCACAAUUUCACCAGCAGUCAUCUUUGAAUCAAUGUUCCAGAAUUCGGAUGAUACAGCAAUUCAGGAAGAUCCUCAGCAGACAGCUGCCUUGAUUGAAAGUUUUAAUGGUGAUGCAGAAUCAGUCAGUGAUGUUCCACCACCUGCAGGAAAUUCAGCAUCUUUAUCUCUUCCGCUUGUACUGCAGCCUGGCCUCUCCGAGCCACCCCAGCCUCUGCUGCCAGCCUCAGCUCCGUCCGCUCCUCCACCUGCUCCUUCCCUAGGACCUGGUUCCCAGCAAGCUGCAUUUGGCAACCCCCCUGCUCUCUUACAACCUCCAGAAGUGCCUGUUCCCCACAGCGCGCAGUUUGCUGCUAAUCAUCAAGAGUUUCUUCCGCAUCCCCAGGCACCACAGCCCAUCGUACCAGGACUUUCCGUUGUUGCUGGGGCUCCUGCAUCAGCAGCGGCGGCAUCGGCCAUGGCAGCACCAGCCCCACCACAAAGUACUACUGAGCCCUUGCCAGCCAUGGUCCAGACUCUGCCUCUGGGUGCCAACUCUGUCCUAACUAAUAAUCCCACCAUAACUAUUACCCCAACUCCCAACACGGCUAUCCUGCAGCCCAGCCUAGUUAUGGGAGAACAGAACUUACAAUGGAUAUUAAAUGGUGCCACGAGUUCACCACAAAACCAAGAACAAAUUCAACAAGCAUCUAAAGUUGAGAAGGUGUUUUUUACCACUGCAGUACCAGUAGCCAGUAGCACAGGGAGCUCUGUCCAGCAGAUUGGCCUCAGUGUUCCUGUGAUCAUCAUCAAACAAGAGGAGGCGUGUCAGUGUCAGUGUGCGUGCCGGGACUCUGCAAAGUAGUGGGCGGCUGACUGGAGAAAGGGCGGUUCUCCCUCCUCCAGAGCUGAACCCCAGCCUCCUGAUGGUCCCAGCCCACAGCUACCACCCCAUACUUGUUCCUCACCCCUGUCGCCUGUCAUCAUCCUCCACUGACCCUCUUCCUGUGAGCAAAGCAGAUAGGCCAAGGCUCCUUCAGACCCUCAGAAAGAAAUAUUAAGUGCCAUGGAUGUGUCAGAGUUCCUGUCCCUCCAGAGCCUGGACACCCCGUCCAAUCUGAUUCCCAUUGAAGCACUACUGCAGGGGGAGGAGGAGAUGGGCCCAACCAGCUUCUCCAAGUGAAGGGCCCUUGUGUGCUCACCUCCAGGAAGAGGGCAAGCAGGAAGCAUGAGGUGUGAUGCCUGCCAUUAUGGGGUCAGAAAUCAGAAGGAUGAAGAAAUCUGCUGUUUGAAAGCCUCACCUUUCAGACAUAUUUUCUUUAUUCACAUCCCAGGAACAUCCAUUUUAAGGAACUGAUCUUUGGAAAAAAAAAAAACAAACAAACAAAAAAAACAAAAAAAAAAGCUAAGUUAUAAAUGAACUGUUUGGCUGCACUGUAUGUCACUUUUGCUUAUUGUCAUGUGAACUUGGAAAUUAAGGUUACUCGUAUGCAUAAAAAUUCUAAAUGAAAGGGUGUGGUUUCCAUCAAUCUGGUAUUGCCCAGCACUGGCACUGGGCUCUUUGUGGAUGGGCAGUAGAGUUCAGUGUGUUGGCGGUGCUCCUCCUCCCUGUGUGUCUUUUACUCUGAGGCUCCUGCUCAGAAGGCCAGACCCUCACUCCAUCAAAGUGGGCAGUGGCAAGGGCAAGUGAGAAGCUGUAAGUUGGACAGGGUUCAGGUGAGAUGGCUUUGCUGUUUGCUCUUGGUGUCGGUGGAGCUCAGGGUGGAUACUGCAGGGACUGUCCUGCAGCCUGCUCAGCACAGACGGGCAGCUUAAAGCCUGGUCCACCAGCUGUAGGAUGAUCUGGUUCUGAUGGAGCCCAGGCAAAUAGUUGACUGAUGUGUCCAUGGUGUGUGUGGAGCAGGCUCUAGCUACACAGUCAGUCUUUGCCUUCCUGGUUCUUUCCAUCUCAGUUUGCUCGCCAGGGCUUGCAGGUCACAGUGAAUUUUCCUUGGGGAACCUCCCUCUUUUGUGCUAGAGUGUACUUGUAACUUACGCCCAGUUGCCAGAUGGUGGUCUGCCUUCCUUUUAAUGGCAUUUUCCUCCUCAGCAGAAUGGCUGCAUUUUGCUUAUCAGGAGAAGGUGCAAAUUGAAGGGAGUGUAUAUGAGGUGGCAGGUAAUUGGCAGGCCAGGUGUUCUGGUUCCAGGUUCUAGCCAGGUUUUUGGUUGCCCUCUCCUUUCUCCAGCCCUCGCCUUCUGGAUUUUGCAUACAGCUUAGUACAGUGCAAACAAGGAUGUGACUUGCUCAGCUUAGUCAUGUGAUUUCUAAACAAAAAGAAAAGAAAACAAAACAAAAAAACGAUGAUCUUCUACUCAGGGUAAAACAAAAUAAAAAAUUCCCCUUCCACCAAAAAGCCUGAAAUGUUGCAAUAAGUUAUCUCAUUUGGAAUGUUUAAUUAAGUUGUGUUAUAGGAAAAAAAAAUUUUUUUUGAUUUGUGUAUAGAAGUAUAUCCAUCUGUCUGCCUUUGGCUUCAAGUCAUUGCCUCUUAAAAUAAAACAUAAAAUACAAUCCACACUAGAAUGGAAAGUGUCUCUCAUCAGGCUAUUGAGCAUGGCCCAGAACCCUUUCCCUCCCUUCAGCAAAGAGCAGGGUUCCACAAAGAGGACAGGAGAGAUCUGCAUUGGUCACUCCUGCUGUCUGAGCUGUGACUCAGAGCCAGCUAAGAAAGUGCCCAGAGCAGAUAACUUACCUUAGAGCCAGGGGCCCCACCUUCAGUGUGAACAAGAGGGAGGUAGGUGGUAGUGGAGUGCUGUUACUGCCAUGAGGAGAAACAGGGCUUCACUAAGCAGCUGAUUUCAUUCUAGGAGUCUAGCCGGGACAAUGGAUCUCUAUGUGACCUUCUGCAUGCCUUUCCAAAAUGCUGGUGGGUUUUGGCAACCAUUGACCCCAGCAGAAAUUAAUGAGACAGGAGGAUUCUUUGCUUACCACUCCGGGGAAUCCAGCUGCUGAGCAUGGGUUGUCCUUGGCUGUCUCUGGGCCUCAUAGGAAGCUUUGAGCAUGGCCCUUGUGAUCUUCUCUACAGCUUCUGAGAGAGCAGCAAGUGGGACCCCAAAGUUAGUGUGUAUCAGAGAGUAGUAAUGACUCUCCCACUUGCCUAUCGGGGAACUGAGGUGGGAAAUAGGAGCCCCAGAAAGGACAUGUGAAGCAUCCGAAGCUAAAAUACUGCUUCUUCCUGGUUAGCCAGGGCUGUACUCAUGUUGGGGCCCUACCCAGGUUAGUGGCUUUUUCACUCUACAGCUUGGAAGUCGGUGAAGAAACAGUUUAAAACAGUGUUUUGGUUGACAGAUUUUUCUAGUUGUAGAAGUUGAAGUAUCUGCCUUUUAUGGGUGAUUUUAAAUGACAGACUAUCAGAUCAGCUUUUGAAAAAUCAGAUGCUACAAGUGGUUGUGCAGAGCAGGUUUAUUCCACAGGGCAGAUAGACUUUCCUUCUGUCUUCAUCCAGAACUCUUUCUCUCCCCAUCCUCUUUUUAUAAACUUAGCCUCUAAUGCCAAUGACCUUGGAGAAGAGAAGGCUUCUGGCCAAAGUGGAGCCAGAAAGAACCUUCAGGAAAGGUAUAGUUUCCGGAACCAGGGAAUGAACCUAGGGUAAGGUUACAAAGGGUGAGUUCUAGCAGGCGGAAUCAAGCCUCUUUUCCUUCCCAUGGCUAACAUUAACCAUUUCACCCAGUAGACCAAUACUUCCAGUUCCUGCUAUCAUCUUGUUAGACUGCUCCUUCAAAGGGUACUGUCAGCACUAGGGAGUGGAGCUCAUAGGCUUAGGAGGUGUGGUAGGAAACUAACUGGCACCACCAAACUGCCUUAGUGAAUUUGGCCCUUCCCAGACAGGCAGGUUGGGCAUUGGGAAGGUGACCCAGUCUUUCCUGACAUGGUCUGGCCAAUCUCACAGGGCAUCACUGGUUUGGUGACAGGAGUGGUGUCAUUUAUUGAAUUCCACCUGCCUUUAGAAGGAGGUAAUGGUACAGAGCCCAGGAGAGACCUUGAGAGGUGAAGACCUCUGUGAGUGGAAGGCAAGGGGUUUCUCUUCACCACCUCUGGGAGAGUCAGGAGAUUGGAGAUUUAUUUUCAGGGUCAAGGCAGUGGACUGAUGGGGAUAAUGGAGGGUAGGUGGGUUUUCCUGAGAGAUUUUGUAUAAUGCUGAAUGUAUCCAGAGGGACAAGUUUGCAGAACCUCAUAUUGGUAUAUUAAAGAAAUAAUAAAAUAAAAAAGCACUUUAGGUUAUUUUAUCUUUAACCCAAUUGCUGCAAUUUCUGUUGUGUGUAUAUAUAUACAUAUAUAUACUUUUCACAAAGUUUUAUUUUUUGCUCAGAAUAAAAAGUUAAAUUGAGGUGUGAAAAGAAAAGCACUUACCUUGGUGCAAUAUGUGUAGCUUGACGGUCAUUGUCCCAUGUGGCCCCGGCCUGGCCACAUUUUCCGCUCAAUGAGCCCUGUGCUAUGAGGCUGUCCAUAGGGAAACACUAUUAUGCAUCCCCAGCAGCUGCUCAAUCUAUGCAAGCCUUCCCUGCGCCCUGGCGCCCCCUCAGGCUCUCGGAAGAACUGCUGUGGGUGUUUUCUUCUGCCGACUGUUGAGGCCCUUUUUCACCACUUCUUGGUCCCUUGCCAUCUUUCCCCUCUUCACCAUUAUCAAGUGAUGCCUGAAAGGAAGGAACAGGUUGUUCCUAGGUAGAAACCUGGCACCUUCUAGACUUUUGUAUUUGUAAUCACAUCCAUUGUCCUUAAUCUUAAAAACUUCUCCAGCGUCACAGGAACCAUUGAUUUGUAGAACUACAAUAUUGCUCAAGAGUUUACAGUUUUCUUAUAUUACCAAUCAGAAAUAUGUUUGGGGGGGGUCAACAUGAGCCAUUUCUGUACUGCUCCCCAUACCACCUCUGUUGGUUCUUUAAAAAAAAAAAAAAAAAAAAAGGCUUCCAGCCUUCAUUAAA